AUGAGUUCCGCCGGGAACGAAGAGCUGGGCUUCCAGCUCAAGCCUAUGGGGCUCAAGGUCCAUUACACAUUCGACAAGGAAAGCCAGGAUAGGUGUCUCGCAAGGCACCCCCAAGUUAUUCAGGCUCAGACACUUACGCUCGACGAGAAAACGACGAUUGGUCUGGUUGAUAUUAGCCGCUGCUUGCAUGCCGUGAUCCAAUGUAGCCCCGAGCUCAUCGGAAGCUCCGACACCGACUACGUAGUUUACGCAUAUGACUACUCCGAGCCCGAUACCCCGCUCGUGGGGCAAGGCGUCCUAUCCUGGUUGCUCGACCCCAACAAGAAGGAGAACGCGAACGGUCAGUCUCUUAGCAUGGUUACUGGCCUCGUGACGAAGAACUUGCUGGCUCUGUUCUCUGGAAAUGGAAUCAAGGAGACGCUUGAGGUGAGGCUCAAGCUUGUACAGAACAGCCGGAUUGUGAGACCGGGUGACCGUUCUCAUCAGCAUCAGCAUCGGCUUUCGCAAUCAUCUAUCCAGUCAUUUGGCCCACAACAGGGCCAACAGCAACAGCAGCAACAACAGCAGCUGCAACUGCAAACAUCACAGCUCAACAUGAGCAUGACGACGACCUUCCACCUAGGCCAGGAACAGGGCUCCUUGCCAGCUGCCGGACAGUCUUUCCUCGAAUCCCGGUCUGUGUUCUCGCCACCUAACGGCGAUGACGGCCGGUCGCCCUCUAUUGCCGUAACACCAGCGGCGUACUCGGAUGAUAGUGGGGCGGAUAUCGGCUCGUCGCCUCCUGUCCCCCGGACCUCGCGAUUUAUCCAAUCAAGCCCGCCCCCAUCGAGCCCGAUCUUGCCCCCGAUGCCUCAGCCGGACUCUGGCUUCAUGAGUGGUGGUAUGGACGAGACCGCCCAAUUCGAGGAGGCUAGACUCCCAGGAAUGUGCCCGACUGACGCCCCUUCCACCGUAGCCCAGAUGAACGACGCGGCUGCUCCCGCCCGUGCUGUACCGCCUCUUAGCCAGAAAGACCAGGAGCCCAAGAUUCCCAUCCACAUCUUCAGCCUGAAAACAGGGAGGGAGCGGAUUUCCAACUCGUGGUCUCACACAGCCGGCUCCGACGGACAGCCCAUACCGAAACAGCGCUCCAAGUCUGACCGGCGAGGGUCUCAGCCUGGAUCGAAGCCACCGCCAGCCGCUCUCAUUGUCCCCGAAGGCCAAACCACAGCCACCGAGAAGCCCACCGAAGACAGCCCAACCCCAGUAGUUCAGACGACAGAGGCUCCGGACAUGGACCUCGAUCUUGCCCCCAGCCCGGCGCCCCCAACGCAAGCCCCGACACCGACACAAGCCCCGACACCUGCCACCGCCCCCGCCGAGACUACUGUCGCCACUCCCACACCCUCUAUCGCGCCGGCUGCGCCGAUCGUGGCGGCGCCUUCUCCAAUUCCUACUCCGCAGGAGGAAACAAGAGCGCCCUCGGCCCCUGCGCCUACCUCGCGCGAGUGUGUCGGUGUUCCCGAGUAUGUUGAGUAUUCGGAGAAGCCAGGAUGCGUGACGGCGAUUGAAAUUACGAGCCGUGAUGGGGUCGGCCGUCCAGCCAGCUAUAGGCUGAUUAAGAAGUCACUGGGGCCGGAGGAUGACAAGAGCUUGUGGACGGAAAAGCUCUUGUGCAAUCCCUGCGGUAUUUGGCUUCCCUCCCCUCACCUCGGAGGCCUGCUUCCCCCGACGGACGAUCUCGCGACGGACGCAUUUGGUACGGAUGCAUUUGGCACGGAUGGGCUUGGGCCAGACAACUUUCCCGGCACGGACGCGGUCACGGCGCCCCUUGCCGAUGAGGCUGGCGCAAACGAAGGGGAAGCGAUCCCAAUGGAUCACUUUGCAUCGCUCCUGGAGACGGCUAACUCGCACGAGUUUAACGGGCACAGGGUGGAGCACGCGCAACAAACAACAGCAUCGGGACGGUCGGGUUUUUCGAAUGCUGGGUCAACAGCCACGCGUGGGACGGGGACGGCUAACAGCCCCAUCGCUCUUGAUCAUGACGAAGAUCAGCUCGGUUCCACGCGGAGGUUGCUAUUCCCAUCACCCAGACACAAGAGUGGGACCCACCGCGACCCGUUGCACCCCGUCUCGCGUAACAUCGUCACGCCGGCUGCCGGCGAUGGUGAGGACGGUGGCGAGAUGGGAGACAACAAAGAAGUUGGCGAAGAGGAUGAGACCAUAACUGGAGGAGGCUACUGCGGCUCGGUCGAGGACGACGAUGACUUGGAUGCUCUUUUGGAGGGCCUAGGAGCCCGAUGGCGCACCCUCCACGCCCUUCGACCCCACCGCCCAAGGAGAGCUCGUCAGCGACGCGCAACCAGUUCCGAACACCUUCGCGACCGACGCCGAGCCACCGACCGCUUACUAGAAGUAUCACACGGUCAAUCCAUCGUUCGGUGCACUCCGCUUCCUGACGGCGAUAUUGACGGGUCGCUUCACAGCUUGGGCGCGGCCAUCGCUAAUCCCUUUGGCGACCAGGCGGAGAUUGACGCGAUUCUGGACAAGUGCCUUGGAAGCGGAUGGCCGAUGAUGACGCCGCGCAAGGGUGCCUGGGAUGAUUUGGGAGACCACGACUGGGACUUGGCAAACAUGGACGCACUUGGUGGCGAGCUUAAUGAGCAACCAGCCGUCUGA